AUGCCACCAUUCCAGGCUCUGACUCUACUCCAGCACCUACGAUACCCAUCUACAUUAUCUCUCCUCGGGCUGAGCCGUGCUUUCGGGAGCGCCGCGGCCACACCGUCAAAUAUCGAAUGUACUCGAUUCCUACCUCGCCAUCCGUCACCUAUAGCCCCUAGAGAAUCGCCGACACCUUUAGUCUUGAUCCGUGCUAGAGGCUUGGGGCUGGAUGAGAGCUCAGAGGAACGUGAAUGGACGACAUGGAGUGCAAUGUUCGCUGAAAAGGGAUACACGGCGGUAGAGAUCGAUAUCUCGGUGUCUGCAAAAGCAGAAGGAGGUAGUGCCGGUGCAAGCGGUCCAACAGGACUAUCAGAUCCAAGUACUCUCCCAUCCAUGGCGAAAGUGCUCUCCGGCCAGAUCAGACUCAUGGCUGUCCCCUUCCCUCCCAUUGUCAUCGCAUCUGGUCCGAGCUGUCUGCUCGCUCAAACGUUCGUGGGCGAUUACCCAGUAUCCGGACUUGUGAUGCUCGAUCCUCCUUCUGAUGAGGCGCCAAAGACGCUCAAGGACAAAUCUUCAUGGCCUAUGUUCAACUAUGAGCCCAAGUUCCCGAUACUUGUCAUGGCGGACAAGGAUCAAGUGGAUACCCUGGGACAGCGGAACAGGGUGGCAAAGGCCGCUGAAGACGGCGUGAGCAGAGGAGGAAAGGGAGUCAGCAUAGAGACCAUGGUGGAUGGUAUCCGGGGCGAGAAAACACGGACGGAGGUCGAGCGAUGGAUGGACAGGUGUGGUUAUUAA